AUGACUGCUAUUCUUGAUCAUAAACCUUCGUCCUGGAAAUUGUCCUGGAACAUCAGCCUUCUUGCUCCUGUUUACAGUGGAGUUGUAAUAUUUGGAAUCAUAGUGUAUUUACAAACAUUGGUUAUAAGGGAAAAAUGUCCAGUUUUCAUGACCGCGUUUAGACCGUUGGCAACAGUAAUUGUAGGUGUUAUGGGACUCCUCAUUUUAGGAGAAGAACUCUACUUGGGAAGUAUUAUGGGAUCAGUAUUGAUCGUUCUUGGUUUGUAUGCAAUUCUAUGGGCAAAAGGUUAUGAGAAAAAGAAGAAAGUCUUGGAGCUCAUAGUCACUGAUCAACAUACAACAAUUGAGAUCAACUCACAGAAAUGA